UUCGGAACACGUGAAACUCGGCAGGAAUCAAUUUUAUUCAUUUUUUUAAUAAUUUAGACAGAGUUUAACUGUAAAAAUGGUCGCCGUCAAUCGCAAAAAGCCCAAAAUGCAGGCGAAGAAGGAGACAAAGGAGGAAUCCAAGCCAAAAGUUGUCUCUGGAUCGAUUAAGAAACAAAUGGCAAAAAAAUCGAAAAAACCCCAAAAACCACAACGAGGCGUCAUGUUGAUCAAAUGCCUUCCCCAUGGUUUCUUCGAGGAGCAACUCAAGGAAUAUUUCUCACAAUUCGGCAAAGUUACUCGUGUUCGUCUCGCACGUUCACGUCGCACAACCAAAUCCCGCGGCUUUGCCUUUGUCGAAUUUCAGUAUCCGGAAGUUGCGGAAAUUGCCGCCGAAACGAUGAAUAACUACAUGAUGUUCCGCAAAAUGAUCAAAACGGUCUACAUCCCGCCCGAGCAGCAAAAAUUCAACUAUUUUCGGUCGUCGGUGUUGUUCCAAACGAAGGAAAAUGGCGAAAAAAAGUUGACAUCCAAGUAUUUAGUGGCGCGCGAACGGAAAGUUGUUGCUCAUAAUCGCCCGCUUACGGAAGACGACAAGAAAAAACGUCAGCUGAAGGCGCAGGAAAAACUUCUCGCACUGAAAAAAAAAUUCCAAAAGCACGAAAUCGACUACGACGUCGACGCCGUGACUCCCGAAAGUCUCAAAGGACCCGUAAUUCGCAACAAAGCCAUGAAAGAUGAGGAAAACACAGAAGAAGAGACCGAUUCCGAGUCAGAAAUGGAUUUGGAAUCAAUUGAACCUGAAAAAUUCGGCUUUGUCGAUGAAUCGGCGGAAGAAAGUGACGCGGAAGAAGAAGCCCAUGAGCUUGAUUCUGACGUCUCGGAGGAACCUGAUCCAAAAAUUGCGAAAAAAAAGUUAAACGAAUCCGUGAAAGAGGCAAAAGAGGCUCGUAAAAAGAUGUUGGUGCACUUGAAACAAGAUGAAAACCCCAAAAAAGGCAAAAAAUCCAAGAAAAUCGAAGUUGAGGAGGAAUCCGAAGAGGAAGUUGUCGAAAAAAAAGGAAGAAAAAAGCUCGUUGGCGUCUCAAAACCGAAAAAAACACAAAAACCACAAAAAGCUCCCACAGCAAAGGCAAAAAAAGCCAUCGCCGCAAGCCUUAAAGACACGUCAAAAGUCAAAGUGGUCCAAAAAACGGACAUGAAGAAGAAAAAAACCCGAAAAUGAGGCGUCAGUCACACACAAUUCACUCCAAUUUUUUAUUUAAAUAAUUAAAUUCGCAAAAAUAAAGUUAAUUCUGUACUGCUACUUGUGCGAUGUCUUCGAUUUUUCGCCAUUUUUGACCCUUUUGAACUUCAUGCGGCGAUUCUGGAACCAAACCUUGACCUGUCGCUCGCUUAAAUUCAGCGCAACUGAAAUCUCAUAUCGUCUCAAGCGCUAAAAAAAUUUUUUUAAAUUAAUUUUUAAUUUUUUUUUCGAAAAAUUAAUUUUUUUAUACCGUCAAAUAGUUUGAAUGCAUAAAUUCCGCUUCCAAAUCCCGUACUUGACUUUUUGUGAAUGCUGUGCGUUCCUUGCGAUUCGAGCCGUUGCCUUUCACGUAAAUUAUUUCCUGAUCCAUUUCGGGGCACAAAUCGGAAUCUGUUUAAAAAAAACGAGAAAAGAUUAUGAGCGUCGGUACUUUUGAUCGAUUUUUUUCUUGUUUCGUGGAAUUCUGAUGUAAGUCGGUUACUAUGAUCAACUUUGCAAGAGAGGAAAAAACGGAGGUAAUAAAAUCUAUGUUUAAUGAAAUGUGUUACAAGAUCAUUGAUUACUCGGGAUUUUAUUGAUGACGCGGAAAAAAUGAGUGAAUGGAGGGCAUUGUUU